AUGGAUGCACACAGUUCAGCCAAAAUUAAUGCAAGGAAGAGGAGGAAAGAGGCAACUGGACCCAAUGGGGCAACAGAGGAAGAUGGAAUUCCUUCAAAAGUGGCACGCUGUGCAGUUGGUUUACGGGAGCCAGCUCCCUUCGCUGAUGAAAUUGAAAUGGACUUUAGUAAGCCCUAUGUCAGGGUAACUAUGGAAGAAGCUUGCAGAGGAACCCCUUACGAACGGCCAGUGAGAGUUUAUGCAGAUGGAAUAUUUGACUUAUUUCACUCCGGACAUGCCCGAGCUCUGAUGCAAGCAAAGAACCUUUUCCCUAAUACAUACCUCAUCGUGGGAGUCUGCAGUGAUGAGCUGACACACAACUUCAAAGGCUUCACAGUGAUGAAUGAAAAUGAGCGCUAUGAUGCAGUGCAGCAUUGCCGCUAUGUGGAUGAGGUGGUGAGGAAUGCCCCCUGGACUCUGACACCUGAGUUUCUGGCAGAACACCGGAUUGAUUUUGUAGCCCAUGAUGACAUCCCUUAUUCUUCUGCUGGGAGUGAUGAUGUUUACAAGCACAUCAAGGAAGCAGGCAUGUUUGCUCCAACACAGAGGACAGAAGGUAUCUCCACGUCAGACAUCAUCACUCGAAUUGUUCGGGACUAUGAUGUGUAUGCCAGACGGAAUCUGCAGAGGGGCUACACGGCUAAGGAGCUCAAUGUCAGCUUUAUCAACGAGAAGAAAUACCACUUGCAGGAGCGGGUUGACAAAGUAAAGAAGAAAGUGAAAGAUGUGGAGGAGAAGUCAAAAGAAUUUGUUCAGAAAGUGGAGGAGAAAAGCAUUGACCUCAUUCAGAAAUGGGAAGAGAAAUCCCGAGAAUUCAUUGGAAGUUUCCUGGAAAUGUUCGGUCCAGAAGGAGCACUGAAACAUAUGCUGAAAGAGGGAAAAGGCCGGAUGCUGCAGGCCAUCAGUCCAAAGCAGAGUCCCAGCAGCAGCCCUACUCGGGAUCGCUCCCCGUCUCCCUCUUUCCGAUGGCCAUUCUCUGGCAAGACUUCCCCACCUUCCUCCCCAGCAAACCUCUCCAGGCACAAGUCUGUAGCCUAUGAUAUCAGUGAGGAUGAAGAGGACUGA